AUGAAUCGAAAAGGGCCCAUGCAAAAGAAUGACGAGACGGAUAAGCCGCUCCGUAUCGCUAUUGUGGAGAAAGACCGCUGCAAACCGAAAAACUGUAAACAGUGCAUUGUUGUCGAGACAACGUCGCCUGUAGCAGAGAUAUCCGAGGUUCUAUGUAUUGGUUGCGGUAUCUGCGUAAAGAAAUGUCCUUAUAAUGCUAUCAAAAUCAUCAACUUGCCGGCUAAUCUUGCCAAUGAAUGCACACAUCGCUACUCUAUGAACUCGUUCAAGCUUCAUCGUUUGCCAACCCCAAGAACUGGAGAA